AUGAGUUAUCCUGAAGAUAAAAUAUCUAUUAAAAGAGAAGAAUCCAAUUUUACUGGUGUUUCAUUCCCACCAAGAGGUGUCGCAACCAACCAUGAUAAUAACAACAAAAACAAUCAAUCCCUAUCUGAUUCAACUUAUCAGCAACAAUCUAUCAAACAAGAACCUGUCUCUCCACAGGAUUCCUUUGUUAAAGUAAAAAUACAACAAAACCAAAGUGAUGAUAAUGAACAUGAUGAUGAACACGAAUCUCCUCAGGAGCACAAUGGUGACCAUAUUAAUAACAAUAAUAACAACGACCUGGUUAAUGAACAAUUUGAAACUUUAAAUACUAAAAAUAAUGUCGGUCAAGUCUUACCAAUACAACCAAAUCUGAAAAUCAUUAAAAGACAAAUCACCAAUUAUGUUGGUUUUGCAAAUUUACCAAAACAAUGGCAUAGAAAAUCUAUUAGAAAUGGUUUCAAUUUCAAUCUUUUAUGUGUUGGGAAAUCUGGAUUAGGUAAAACUACUCUAAUUAACUCUCUUUUCAACCAAGAAUUUAACGAUUCGAAUACUGUUAAUGAUGAUAACAAAUCGAUUGAAAAUAUUAACAAUAAUGCUAGUGGUAACCAGGAAGAUGACGAGGACAAUUUAGUUAAAAUUAAUAUUCAAAGUUCUAUUAUCGAGGAAAAUGGUGUCAGAUUAAAAUUGACUGUUAUUGAAACACCUGGUUUCGGUAACCACAUUAACAACAACGAAUCAUGGAAUCCUAUCAUCCAAGAAAUCAAUCACAGAUAUGAUCAAUAUUUAGACCAUGAAAAUAAAAUUAAUAGAACUUCCUUUGAUGACAUGAGAAUCCAUGCAUGCUUGUACUUCAUCGAGCCAACCGGCCAUUGUUUGACUCCAUUAGACUUGAAAUUCUGUUCUCAAGUUCACAAGAAAUGUAAUUUAAUACCUGUCAUCUCAAAGUCUGAUAUUAUGUCAGAUGAAGAAAUCAUUGCAUUCAAAACUACUAUAAUGAAACAAUUCAAUGAAAAUGGCAUUGAUUUGUUUCAGCCACCGAUGUAUAAAUUAGAUGACGAAGACACAAGGGAAAUGGCAAAUAAAUUAUACGAGAGCUUACCAUAUGCUGUAGUUGGAUCCAAUGAUUUUGUUCCAGAUCCAAUUGAUCCAAGUAAAAUGAUUAGAGCUCGUCAAUAUCCAUGGGGGUUAGUAGAAGUGGAAAACUCAAAACAUUCCGAUUUCCAAUACUUACGUGAUUUAUUGAUUAGACAAUAUUUGGAAGAACUACGUGAAAGAACGGAUAAUGUAUUAUACGAGAACUAUAGAUCAAACAAAUUGGUCAACCUUGGUAUUAAACAAGAUAAUUCUGUUUUCAAAGAAUUUGAUCCCUUAGAGAGACAAGAAGAAGAAAGAAAAUUACAUGAGGCUAAAUUAGCCAAAUUAGAAAGUGAAAUGAAAUCUGUCUUUCAACAAAAAGUUAAUGAAAAGGAGAAGAAAUUACAGAAAUCUGAGACCGAGUUAUUUGCAAGACAUAAAGAAAUGAAGGAGAAGUUACUGAAACAAUUGAAAGCUCUAGAAGAAAAGAAACAUCAAUUGGAGAUGUCCAUCUCCUCGCAAAUGAACCAAGCUUCUCCUGUUCCACAAAAGAAAAAAGGUUUCUUAAGGUAG